AUGGGGGAGAAGAAGAGCGAGCUGGAAAUGUCCAAGCCCAUCACGCUGCCGUGCGGGCUCACCUUCCCGAACCGCCUCGCCAAAGCGGCGCUGGCCGAGGCAUGGGCCGACCGCGACCGGCUGCCGAGCGAGCGACUCCUCGACACGUACGGCGUCUGGGCCGACGGCGGCUGGGGCAUGGUCCUCACCGGCAACGUCCAGGUCGACGUCACGUAUCUGGGAACGCCCGACGACACGGCCCUCAACCAUCUCAUCCCGCGCGAGCGCCUGCUCGAGUCGUGGCGCCGCUGGGCCCAGGUCACCGGCCGUAACGGCACGCCAACCAUCAUGCAGAUCAACCAUCCCGGCCGGCAGUCCAUCAUCGGCGCUGGCACUCGCAGCCUCUGCGCCAAGAGCAUAGCCCCGAGCGCCGUACCGCUGCUGCUCGGCGAGGGCAUCAUCCCGCGCGCCAUCAGCGCCUUCGUCUUCGGCACGCCGCGUGCCAUGACCGUCGAGGAGAUCCAGCACGUCGUCUCGCGUUUCGCCGAGUCUGCACGUCUGGCUUCCGAGGCUGGCUUCUCCGGCGUGCAGAUCCACGGCGCGCAUGGCUAUCUCGUUGCUCAGUUCCUCAGCGCCAAGAGCAACCUGCGUACCGAUGAGUACGGCGGCUCACCGCGACGACGUGCGCGCAUCGUCGUCGAGAUCAUCAAGGCCAUCCGCGAGCAAGUGCCCAAGGGCUUUGCGGUUGGGCUCAAAUUCAACAGCGUGGAUCACCAGAGCCCCCAAGAGCUCGAGGAGUGCAUCGAGCAGCUCGAGGACAUAACCGCCGCGGGUAUCGACUUUCUCGAGAUCAGUGGUGGCACCUACGAGGACCCAACUAUGAUGGCCAACGCCCCUCCCAAGGCCGCCAGCACCGUUGCGCGCGAGGCCUUCUUCCUCGACUUCGCCAAGGCCAUCCGCGAAAAGUUCAGGAGCGUGCCGCUCAUGGUGACGGGCGGCUUCCGAACUCGCCAAGGCAUGGAGGCGGCGCUGCGCGAGGACGCUUGCGACAUCAUCGGCCUUGGUCGGCCCUCCGUGCUCAACCCCCAUCUGCCCGCAAACACGCUCUUCAACGCGGAAGUUACCGACGCGGAUGCGACAGUGUACGCGCGCAAUGUUCCUGGCAGCUGGCUGUUCAAGAAGCUCGGCAUCAAGGGCAUAGCGGGAGGCGCGGAGACGGUACGUGACGAGACGUCUUGCCUGGAAGAGGUCUACCGGAAGUUGGACCCCGAGAUCCGAUUGGCUGUUGAUGAUGCCGUGAUAAUCUUCGGGAACGGAUACAAGGAGUGCGCAGUUAACAUCUUUUUGACCGAGAUUAGCGACAAGUAUACCUGGAAUGUGAUUGGCCUCCAUGCCUUAACGUACUCAAGCGGAGGUUCGACCGAGAAGUUUAGAGAGGGACUGCUCGAAUUUCUCAAUGAUCGGAAAAAUGUUGGCUACUACCCUUGA